GCUCGGCAGACAGAUGCCAGGUUCCACGACCAACACCGCGUGAAUUAUUGACAAAAUUUCCAUUUGCAAAGAAAAGAUUGAUCAUGGCGUUGAAGAUUUUUACUUCUGCAGAUCCUCCUGGGUCUUUGAUUAGUUGUUAUACAUUCUCUUAACUCUGUCACAAAAUUUCCAUUUGCAAAGAAAAGAUUGAUCAUGGCGUUGGCGGUGGUAGGUGGAGCCGCUCUCUCGGGUUUCUUCCAGCAAGUAUUUGUGAAGUUGGAUUCUCAGGAGGUCAGAAACUUCAUCAGAGGAAAGAAACUGACUGAUGGGUUGCUCAAGAAGUUGAGGAUCAAGUUGAUGUCUGUUGGUGCUGUUUAUGAUGAUGCCGAGCAAAAGCAAUUACGUAACCCACAUGUGAGGCUGUGGCUGCACGAGCUUAAAGAGGCAGUCCUUGAUGCUGAGGACCUACUGGACGAGAUCAAGACAGAAGCGUUGAGGCGGAAAAUUGAAGCUGAAUUUGGAAGUAGCACAAGCAAGGUACAAGACCUCAUCUCUACUUCUUUGCAUGCUUUUGAUGAGUCUGUAGACAGCAAAAUAGAGGAAAUUCUUGAGAGGCUAAGCUUCAUUGUAGAACAGAAAGAUGCCCUUGAUUUGAAAAGAGGUAGUAGACACAAAAUCUCACAAACAUUGCUUUCAACUUCUUUAGUAGAAUGCUCUGAUGUGUAUGGAAGAGAUCAUGACAAGGAAACCAUCAUUCAAUUGUUGCUAUCAAAUGAUGUCUCUUGUAGUAAGAUUGGCAUUAUUCCCAUUGUGGGCAUGGGUGGGAUCGGAAAGACCACCCUUGCUCAGCUCUUAUACAAUGAUGAUAGAGUGAAGCAGCAUUUUGAGCUCCAGGCAUGGGUUUGUGUUUCUGAUGAAUUUGACGUUGUUAAGAUCACACAAACAAUUUAUGCAUCAGUCACUUCACGAACCUGUGACACCACAGACCUAAACCAGCUUCAGGUCAAACUCAAAGAUGCUUUGGUGGGGAAGAAGUUUCUUUUUGUUCUUGAUGAUGUUUGGAACGAGAAUUACAAUAUUUGGGAUUCCUUAAAACGCCCCUUAGAGUCUGGAGCUCAUGGAAGUAAGAUCAUUGUCACCGCACGGAAUGAUGGUGUUGCAUCUACGAUGGGUACUCUUCAAACCCACUAUUUAAAGCACUUACUUGAGGAAGACUGUUGGUCUUUAUUUGCAAACCAUGCCUUCAAAGAUGCAAGUGUUAUUGUAGAUCCAAAUCUUGAGGUAAUUGGAAGACAAAUUGUUAGCAAGUGUAAAGGCCUUCCUUUAGCUGCAAAAUCUCUCGGUGGUCUCUUACGCUCUGAACCAAAUGUGGAGGAAUGGGAAAAUGUGCUAAAAAGUGACAUAUGGGAGUUGUCAGAUGCAAAGAUUGAAAUUCUGCCGGCACUAUGGCUAAGUUACCAGUACUUGUCUCCGGUGCUGAAGCGUUGUUUCGCUUAUUGUUCAAUAUUUCCCAAAGAUUAUGAAUUUGACAAGUUUGAAUUAAUUUUAUUGUGGAUGGCCGAAGAUCUUUUACAACCCCAAAAGAAGACUAGGUUGGAAGAUGUUGGAAAGAAAUACUUUGAUGAUCUAAUCUCACGGUCAUUUUUUCAAUACUCACCUUCAAAUGAUUGUUUCAUCAUGCAUGAUCUGAUGCAUGAUUUGGCGACUUGCGUAUGUGGGGAAUUUUGCAUUAGAUUGGAAGACCAUGACUUCUCAUUGGACGUUGUGAGCAAGGGUCGUCAUUUUUCUUAUAUGCAAUAUUCAUCUAAUGUUGAUUUUGAGAGAUGUGACACUAUUUAUGAAGCUAAGUAUCUGCGCACCUUCAUUCUUGGCGAUCUCUAUUCAUUGCCAACAGUACGAUUUGAUCUCCUUGUAGUGCUACAGUGUUUAAGAGUUCUCAAACUACAUGGGCAUUAUAUCAAGGAGUUGCCUGAUUCAAUUAGCAACUUGAAGCAUCUACGGUACCUCAACUUGUGUGGCAGUCCAAUAAGGAAAUUACCAGACACGGUAUGCAGUUUGUAUAAUUUACAAACGUUGUUGCUGUCAAAUUGUACAUGUCUAGCUGAGUUGCCCACCAAUUUGAGAAGACUUAUCAACUUGCGCCAUCUUGAUUUGAGACGUACGAAAAUAAGAAAGAUGCCCCCCCACAUGGGCAAGUUGAAAGAUCUCCAAACAUUUGGAGGUGAGUUUGUCUUGAGCAAAGAUGUCGGGGGAAACAUUGAUGAGUUAAAGGGGUUUCAGCAUUUGAGUGGAAAUCUUCAUAUUUCAGGGCUUCAAAAUAUCACACGUGCUGAGGAUGCUUUGGAGGCCAAACUGAGGGACAAGAAGCUCAGUGAAAUACGUUUGAAAUGGGAAGGUGACACUAUUGAUUCUGAAAACGAUAGCCGAGUGCUAGGCAACUUGCAACCCAAUACAAACCUAAAAGUAUUGGCUAUACAAGGAUACGGAGGUACGAAGUUUCCAGGUUGGUUGGGAGAUGAGUCUUUCUCUAAUCUUGUCACUCUCCGACUUGAGACUUGUGGAUAUUGUUUCUCCCUGCCAGCAUUGGGGCAGCUACCGUCUCUCAAAAGGCUUGAAAUUGAUGGGUUGAAUGGAGUGGAAUCAGUGGGGUCUGAGUUUUAUGGGGGAAUUAAACCUGCAUUUAAAUCUCUGGAGUUUCUGAGUUUCUGCAGUAUGCGGGAAUGGCAAGAGUGGUGUUUCCCUGGAGGCGGACAUUUUCCUAAUCUUUGCGAGCUUAGUCUGGGGAAUUGUCCCAAACUAACGGGGAAAAUACCGUUAGACUACUUCCCAAGACUUGAGCGGCUAAGUUUGCAGAACGUUAAAAUCGUAUAUUUUGUGGGUGGUGGAGUGUUGCUUGCGCCCAACUUGUGGUCAGUGCCAGAAGAUCUGCAAAUCUCGCUCCCAUCUCUUCAGUCUCUGUCCAUAGAAGGGUGUAAAGAAUUUAAAUCAUUUCCGGAAGAAUCUAAAUUCCCAUCCCUCAAAAAUUUGAAGAUAAAGGAGUGCCCAGAAUUUGUUGGUUUCCCCCAUGGGGGAGGACUGCAAGCGCCCAACUUGAAGACGAUGCAAAUCAAAGAAUGUAACAAAUUCAGGUCACUGCCAGAGGAGAUGCACGCUUCUCUCCCGUCCCUUCAGUGUCUGUCCAUAGAAGGGUGUAAAGAAUUUGUGGGUUUCCCCCAUGGAGGAGGACUGCAAGCGCCCAACUUGAAGAUGAUGCAAAUCAACGAAUGUAACAAAUUCAGGUCACUGCCAGAGGAGAUGCAAAUCUCUCUCCCGUCUCUCUCGUCUUUGUAUAUAUGGGAUUCUCCAGAAUUGGAAUCAUUUCCGGAAGGGGGAUUGCCGUCCAAAUUGCGUUACCUCAUUAUCUGGUGUUGUAAAAAACUGAUGGCAAACCGUAUGCGGUGGGGUCUACAAACACUCACCUCUCUCAAAUUCUUGGAUGUCAGCUUCUCAGGAUGUGAAGAAGAAGAAAUUGUCGAAUCAUUUCCAGAAGAGGGGCUGCUGCCAAUCACUCUCACUUCUCUCGGAAUCUCCCAUCAUCCGAAUCUGAAAACCAUUGACGGCAAGGCGUUAAGACACAUCAUCUCUCUCGAGGAGUUGUAUAUUUGUUAUUGUCCUCAACUCCAGAGCUUGCCAGAUGAAGGGCUACCCACUUCUCUUUCUUUUCUACAUAUCACCGGGUCUGAUUUGCUAACACAACGGUGUCAGAGAGACACAGGAGAAGAUUGGCCCAAGAUUUCUCACAUCCCCAACGUAAGGAUUAAUGACCGAAAGAUAUGAUUUGCAAUGGUACUCCUGUCCCAUAUAAACUUGAAAGUAUUUGUGAUAGAAAGAUACGGAGCUACAAAAUUCCAAAUCUGUUAGGAGAUGACUCGUUCGUUCUCUCAUCUUGUUACUCUUCGACUUAUGGAUUGUGAAUAUUGUUUUUCAAUGGCAGCUUUGGGACAGCUACCAUCUCUCAGAAGGCUUGAAACUGAUGGGUUAAAUGGAGUGGAAUUGUUUCAGUGUUGGUUCUACUCUCCCUUUUUCUUACUGUGUCUUAUGGUGGUUUCAUUAUACGACAGUUUGUUGUAUCAAACUAGUCCUCGGGGAAAAAGGAGCUUCAACAAGUUUACGAAAUUACGACCUCUAGUUUCCAAAUCUCCUUUUUCAAGUUUUUUUUUCCAAAUCAUGUCUAUUGAGAGGUAGAUUUUGGUACUUUGUGGAAUUUGAAUUCAAACGCUUGGUUUGUAAAAUAUGGAUGAUGAAUUUCGUUGCUGUGGAACUGUGAAUCAAUGAUCAUGCAUGAAUGUUGUAAGACCAGAGUAUCAAAAACCCUCUGUUUACUAAUCAA